AUGUUGAGAGGUGCGGCAUUUUCAGUUCUGGCUGUUGCAGGCUGGCUGCAGUGCGCGACAGCACAGCAGGUCGACCCGAUAGUCAUCAAGGGCUCCAAGUUUUUCUAUUCGAGCAACGGCACGCAGUUCUUCAUCCGAGGCGUAGCAUAUCAGCAAGACUUUACUCCAAGCAGAGGAGUUAACACUACUGGUUACAAUGAUCCGCUCGCGGACGGGAGUGCAUGCGCCAGGGAUCUUCCAUACUUGACGCAGCUGAGGACGAAUACCGUGCGCGUCUAUGCUAUUGAUCCGACCAAGGAUCAUACAGAAUGCAUGACCAUGUUUGCCAAUGCUGGCAUAUACGUUCUGGCCGACUUGUCUUCUCCUCAAGAAUCGAUCAACCAGAUUGAUCCUCACUGGAACCUCGAUCUUUACUCUCGCUACACAAGCGUGAUCGAUGCAAUGGCCAACUACUCGAAUGUCCUGGGUUUCUUCGCCGGCAACGAGGUUGCGUUUGCGCCCAACAGCACCGAUGCUGCUCCGUUCGUCAAGGCUGCGGUUCGCGACAUGAAAUCCUACAUCAAGUCCAAGAAAUACCGCUCCAUUGGCGUAGGCUACGCUACGAACGACAAUCCGUACAUCCGUGUCCCUCUCGCGGACUACAUGAACUGCGGCGAUAAUCAAGAUGACGCGAUCGACUUUUGGGGAUACAACGUCUACUCGUGGUGUGGAGACUCUACAUUUGAGGAGUCUGGAUACGCUGAUAGAACCGAAGAGUUCAAAAGCUACUCCGUGCCUGUGUUUCUGGCGGAGUACGGAUGCAACAACCCUCAGCCGAGAAUGUUUGGAGACACUCCCGUGUUAUAUGGCCCGGAUAUGGAGGGCGUUUGGAGCGGAGGAAUUGUCUAUCUAUACUUCCAGGAGGUCAACGAUUACGGUCUCGUCUCUGUCGACGGCAACACCGUUUCCACUCUACAGGAUUUUGACAAUCUCAGCUCCCAAAUCGCAACCGUAUCGCCCACCGGUCCGAACUCCGCAUCAUUUUCUCCCACGAACUCCCCACAAGCCUGUCCAACUCAAGAUGCCAACUUCAGCGCUGCGGCAUCUCCUCUCCCGCCGUCUCCGGAUGUGGAACUCUGCAACUGCAUGUUCAGCGCCCUGGAGUGCACAAUCUCCAACGACGUCACGUCUGAAGACUAUGGCGACCUGUUUGGUGUAGUCUGUGGAUUGGAAGACGGCAUCUGCGAUGGCAUCGCUGCGAAUGGCUCAACCGGACAGUACGGACCUUUUGGAAUGUGCGAUUCAAACCAGCAGCUGGGGUAUGUGUUGAACGAGUACUACCAAGCACAAGGUCAGAACCCUAGUGCCUGCGAUUUUUCGGGCUCGGCCGCCACACAGGCUGUCGCCACGCCUACGGGAAAUUGUGUGGCUGCUCUCAGCUCUGUAGGUUUCAGUACCAGUGGAGGAGGUGGAGCAGGCGGAUCAGGGGGAAGUGGGUCCACGCAGACAAAGAACGGCGCCGCGAAUAGUAUUAGCACGGUUGCCGGAGUAGAUGUCGGAUAUUUCACUGUCGGGAUCAUAACGUGGGUGGCUGUGGUCUCUGGCGUGGGUAUGAUUGUGCUGUGA